AUGGCACUAUCAUGUACGCCUUUACCCUUAAGUAGGACUUAUGAGCAGUCCAAACAAUUACUAGAUCAUUUAACGGAGUCUGAAAAGCUGUUCUUAAUUGGUGCUAAUCCUGAGAAUGCAAAAUUUGACAUAGUUCAUUUAAGACAACCUAGACGCCGUAAGCGCUCACUAUAUCACGAUAACCCAGAUCUAAACUCUCUUAAGAAGCAUUUAGACAUUAAACUAAGUCCUAGAAAUACUUUCCUAGACCACAAGUUCCUACUUAUGAGGAGAUGGACGAAUAAUACAGAGGCUGUUAUCGAUCAACAUGCUGACGAAGAAUUGGAUCUCUGUUAUUAUAGAAGUGAUAAUGCUGCCUUGUAUGCUUGUGAAGACAUGAGAGGAUUAUUUAAAGUAAAUGGAAGCUUCUAUUAUAUACAUCCAUUACCUGAAAGAUUUCAUACUGACGAGACAAAACCACAUGUUAUUGUCAAACGUCGCACAGACAAUGAAAAGUACACCAACUAUGAUACAGAAGAUAGUAAUUGUAUAGAAAGAGAUAGUAUUAAUAACACUCAUUCUCUCCAUUCUAUUCGAACAUGGACUAAACAUCGAAGAAAAAGAGAAGUAAAUACAAACAAUUCAACUACUACACUGAAUCAAUUUAAAUUAAAUUUAGCUCAUAGAAACAAAACAAUAGGUACAUUUAUCGAGAAAUUGUCACCAGGGACUAACAGGCAAAAGAGAGCUAUUUUGCCUGCAAUAUUUGUUGAAACGGCUGUGUUCGUCGAUAGAGAUUUGUACAAACAUAUGACAGUAAAUUUUCCAAAAGACACUGAGCGAGAAUUAGUGAGAUUUGUUUUAGCAAUGAUCAACGCUGUACAGCUGAUAUAUCACGAUCCGUCUUUAGGCAGACCAGUUAAUUUCAUUCUUAAAAGACUCGAGAUUCUACACGAAGAUCCAGUAAACUUAAAGAGACCGCAUGACAUAGACAGAUUCCUGAGCAAUUUCUGUACAUGGCAGAGGCUGGAAAACCCACCGGGUGAUAACGAUCCCUUGCACUGGGAUCAUGCUUUGAUAUUGACUGGUUUAGAUUUAUACGUUGUGAACAAGAAUGGUAAAGUCAGUAGCCAAGUUGUAGGUUUAGCGCCAGUUGCCGGUAUGUGUACAGUAACAAGUAGUUGCACUGUGAAUGAGGGCAGGCACUUUGAAAGUGUUUAUGUUGUUGCUCAUGAAAUUGGACACAACUUGGGAAUGCGACAUGAUGGACCUUUGGCUGAUAAUGGCUGUGAUCCUAGCGCGUAUAUAAUGAGCCCAACGCUGGGCAGUGGCAAAAUCACUUGGUCCCAAUGCAGCAAGAACUAUUUAGAGAAAUUUCUAGACACAGUGCAAUCCCGCUGUCUUCUUGAUCAUGGAAAUUCAGCUGGUCAAUUGGAUCACAGCGCUGAAGGCAUUCUCCCUGGUGAAAGAUUCGACGCUGAUCAACAGUGCAUGCUCAAAUAUGGUAGCGGUAGCCGUCACUCUGCAGCUCAGAACUUGGAAGACAUCUGCCGAGACCUGCACUGCCAAAGGGAGCGAUAUACUUGGACUUCACACCCUGCGUUGGAGGGGACAAGAUGUGGGGAGGAUCUCUACUGCAGAGGUGGCACGUGUGUGGAGCGUGAAGGCUCAACAGUACGCCGAGGGUCUUGGGGCCGCUGGUCUCGUUGGUCGGAAUGCGCUUCAGCAUGUCUGGUUGACGACACUCACGCGCCCGCCGCCGCUGGGGUUGCAGUCGCAACACGACGCUGUAAUAGACCUAGGAAUGAACACGGAAAUAAUUAUUGCACGGGUCAUGACAAAAAAUACCAAUCAUGUCAUGCGCAACAGUGCAACAAAGUAUCGAGGAUGACAGUGCGAGAGUUCGUCGACCAGAUUUGCCUGCGGGCCCGGGACGUCGAUCCCGACCUUAUCGGCACAGGACUCCAAAGAAUCGACUCUGAUGAUGUAAGCAGUGCUUGCGCAGUUUGGUGCGACACGAGGGGAGGUGGAUACAAGUCGCGUGGGUGGAGCCUGCCCGAUGGAACCGCUUGCUCAAAGAUAUCGCCAAUGUUCUGUAUUUCAGGAGUUUGUCAGAAGUUCACGUGCAACACACAUAGUGAUACAGAAUUCUCGCUGAGGCCGAGCGACUGUGAGUGGGAGGCGUUACAACUGCAGACCGCCACUCCGCACUCCGUUACACCAUCCAAGAACUCGGGAACUUGGCGGCGCGCAGCGGGCUCGCAGUGGCGGCCAACCAGCGGCUGCCACUACCACUGCGUGUCGCCCGGCACCGGCGUCCGCCUCGUGCACUCCGUGUCCAAGCAGAUCACCAGCAUACAGCUGUGCCGACCUGACGCCGCUCGACCUGACUUGGGCUGCUCACAAAGAAAAUCGCCAUAUCAGUACGCGACCAUGGUUUGCUCAAAGUACAAAGACAGAGUUAGAAGACUGUCGGGUCUAGGGAUGCAGAUAUCGCCAGCGCUAGAGGAUCCAGACCGGCCGUGUCGCAUAGCGUGUCAAGACGAAAGGGUGGCGCAUCGUUUCUACUUGGUGAACGGACAGGAGGGAUGGUUUCCACUGGGUACUUCGUGUGGGAAGCGGAACGCCUCUUACUGCGUCAGCGGGAAAUGUCUGGAAUUCGGUCCCGAUGAUACUCCGCUCUCGGAGACUGUGUUCACUCUGCCCCUACUGCGGCGCGACGUGUCGCACAGCGUGUCGCGACACUCCUCGCGACACCGCCGAUCGCUCUACCGCGACAGACUCACAGUCAAAGCUGCGCUGGACAGACAGCAUCUUGACCAAAUCAUCGCAACAUUAAAUUUCACUGGUAAAAAUGGCGAACACAUCACAUACUUCCACACAAUACCGGAGAACAUCGAAGUGGACUUCAACAAUCCUAUUCACAUCGCACCAGAGGACACUCUCAUAAGAAAGGUGCCUAGACCAACAUGGGAUUGA